AUGUCGUAUCGAAGACGGGAGCCCGAGGAGAGGCGGCACUUGAAUAGUUCAUCUGAAAGCAAGAGAAAUGAUAGUCUGAAGCCUAAAGCAACAAAGAUAUCAACCAGGGGAGUUAGUUUACAGUGGAAUACGCUACGACGGAUGGUAGCGUGGCGGUAUUUGGUGUCCUGGCUUUGUUUUUGGGUGUGUCUCGUGCAGUACUACGAAAACACGGUGGUGAAACGGGCGAUGAGGAAAUGCCAAUGGUCGAGCUGGGAAACGUGGCCACAAUCGGCCAUACCGCACCACAUGGCCGUUUUGGCCGACCCACAGAUCAUGGAUGCACAUUCAUACCCGGGACGUCCAUGGAUCGUCAACUAUUUCACUCAGAAAAUCGUUGAUAACUACCACGCCCGCAAUUGGAAACAUAUGCACUAUACUUUGGAUCCCGACUCCACCUUUUUCUUAGGCGAUCUUUUCGACGGUGGUAGACGUUGGGAAGACUCGGACUGGAUCGCAGAGUAUGCGCGAUUCAACAAUAUAUUUCCCAAAAAGCCCAACAGGCUCACUGUAAUGUCGCUUCCAGGGAACCACGAUAUCGGGUUCGGAGACACAGUUGUCGAGGAAAGUUUGUCACGGUUCAAAGUCUAUUUUGGAGAAACUUCGACGAAGUGGGAUGUCGGCAACCAUACCAUUGUACUACUGGACACAAUUUCACUGUCUGACACGCAAAGCGAGAAAGUAUCUGCAGUGCCCCGCAACUUUCUGGACUCAUUUGCUAAAAGCCCCAAAUCAAAGCCAAGAAUUUUACUGACGCACGUCCCCCUGUGGAGAGAUCCAAAUGUCCAGACUUGUGGCCGUGAACGUGAGUCGCCCAAACCGUUCCCCGUCCAGAAGGGCGUGCAAUAUCAGACCCUUAUAGAAAAUGACCUGAGUCAAGAAGUACUACAAAAAAUUGGGCCUUCUUUAGUUUUGUCGGGUGAUGACCAUGAUUACUGCCACGUCAAACACACUUACUCAUCCAAGGGAGAAUCAGAAACGGCGGAAGAAAUCACGGUAAAGUCAUGCGCAAUGAACAUGGGAAUUUCAAGACCUGCUAUACAGUUAUUGUCAUUACACAAUCCCCAACAGUCGCCCUACGCAGAUGAUACCUUUCAAACGAGCAUUUGCUAUUUACCAGACCCAUUCAAAUCGCUGCAAAUGUAUAUUUGCGCUUACGUUUUGACACUGCUGUUCAUCGGUUGGAUGUCAAUAACUCCCAAAUCUUUCCAAAAGGUGCUAGGCCGAAGUAUUGGCAAGAACACGAAGGACGUCAUGUCGGUGCUCCCUCUAGCUUCAAAAAAAUCAUCUGCUCCCAUCAAUGACCUAAUUGAUAUGACGACAUUGACCGCUGCUGGGAAAGCAAAACAAUUUCUCAUAAAUGGCUUGGUAAUGAGCCUAAUGGUUUCGCUAGUGUUUAUUUUUCAAUAUACAAAGACCUAG